AUGACCACACAAAGAGCCAUCAUCGUCCAGGGCGCGGGUCGCGCGGUUCUGGAAUCCAAUGUCCCAGUGCCUGAGUUGCCAGAUGACUACAUUUUGGUCCGAACAAAAGCUGUUGCCUUGAACCCCACCGAUUGGCGUCACAUCGACUUUGUUCCCUGCAAUGGGGCCAUCGUGGGCUGUGACUAUGCGGGAGUAGUUGAGGCCGUCGGCCCACGAGUUAAAAAGCCCUUCCAGAAAGGGGACCGGGUGGCGGGUUUUGUGCACGGCAGCAACGCAGUCCGCCCGAAUGGCGGCGCAUUUGCCGAGUAUGUGAUCGCAAAGGGUGAUCUCCAAAUUUUCAUACCUGAUGCGAUGAGUUUCGAGGCUGCCGCCACCUUGGGCGUUGGGUUAACGACCGUGGGCCAAAAUCUCUACCAGAGCAUGGAAUUGCCCCUCCCUGGUGACGCCCGCGAGGAAAGCGAUCUCAGCAUCCUGAUAUAUGGCGGUGCCACCGCCACGGGUACGCUGGCCAUUCAACUAGCAAAGCUAUCCGGGCUGCGGGUUGUGACGACAUGCUCGGAUCGCAAUCGCAACUUCAUGUUCGAGCUCGGGGCCGAUGCGGUGUUCGACUACCACGAUCCGCAGGUGGGCGAGCAGAUCCGGGAAGAGACCGAUGACGCGUUGGAGUUGGUCCUGGACACCAUCUCGACGCCCCAGUCAUCGGCCAUCUGCAGUGCCGCCAUCUCCUCCGCAGGAGGGACAUAUAAUGCCUUGCUGGACGUUCCCUCUGCGAGAGACGAUGUGGAUUCCCAUGUCUCCAUGGCAUACGAUGUGCUGGGGGAGCCUUAUCGCAUGGGAGGGCAAGAAACCUGCGCCGAUAGCAGCAACCCAGAUUUCGGCAUUGGGUGGUGGAAUUUGGUGCAGAAGUUACUCCAUGAGCGCCGGAUCCUCCCUCAUCCAUACCAGGUGAAGCCGGGCGGCUUGGCCGGCGUCCUGGCUGGGCUCCAGUUACUACGGGAGGGCAAGGUGCGCGCCAGUAAGCUAGUUUAUCGGGUCGAUGAGACCGCGUAA